GGCCGCCGAUGCCCAGAGAACCCCGUCCUGCUCACUGCAGAGCCUCGGCUCACAAAGUGACCUAUUUCCGAAAGCCCGUUUGGACCCGGCUCGCUGCAUCCUGCAGCCGGGGCGCCGCGGAAGGUGGGGGGCACCGGGCGCGAUGAAGUGGGACCCCUAGCCCCGCGGUUCCCGCAACCUGGGGAGAUCCCGGAGCCUCCGAGGCGGCUCCAAGUAGCCGGCCUCCCAACUUGGGCUCUCCUUCGGUCUGGACCGGGGGCUGAUCGAGGACCUCUCGCUCCCUCUCUGCUCUCUCCGCGCCCGGCCCGGCGCUAUGAAGUGAGGCCCCGCCCCCGUUCCCUUGCGGUGCCCCCAGCCCCCCCUGCCAUCAUGAGAGCGGCGGACUCCGCCACCUGGGAGAGGGUCAAAUUCCUCACGGGCCAGGUAGAAGCGUGCACUUCCUGCGGUGCCGGGGAGGAGCCCGUGGGGGAGCGAGGCCGGGGAGCUAGCCCGUGGGGGCGGGGGCGGGGGACUGAGCCCAAGUCGGAGCCCGAACCCCAUCGGGCGCCCCAGCCCCGGCCCCAGCCCCUCGGAGCGCAGCCAGCGGCGCCCACCAUGAAAUCCGACGGUGACGAGAGGAAGCCUGUGCUACUCCGAGAAGAGGUAUCCCAGCUGCAAGACGAGGUUCAUCUCCUCCGGCAGAUGAAGGAAAUGCUCACAAAGGACCUAGAAGAGUCUCACGGAAGCAAGUCCACGGAGAUUCUCUCAGCCACCGAGCUCAAAGUCCAGCUGGCCCAGAAGGAGCAGGAGCUAGCCAGAGCCAAAGAAGCCCUCCUGGCCAUGAAGGCCGAUAGAAAGCGUUUGAAGGCCGAAAAGACAGACCUCGUGAGCCAAAUGCAACAGCUCUAUGCCACCCUGGAGAGCCGGGAGGAGCAGCUUCGGGAUUUCAUCCGGAACUAUGAGCAGCACAGAAAAGAGAGUGAGGAUGCGGUCAAAGCCCUGGCAAAAGAGAAGGACCUUCUGGAGCGGGAGAAGUGGGAACUGCGCCGGCAAGCCAAAGAAGCCACGGACCAUGCCACGUCCCUGCGUUCACAGCUGGACCUGAAGGACAACAGAAUGAAGGAGCUCGAGGCUGAGCUGGCUAUGGCAAAGCAGUCCUUAGCCACCCUGACCAAGGACGUCCCCAAGCGGCAUUCCCUCGCCAUGCCGGGCGAGACAGUUCUCAACGGCAAUCAGGAAUGGGUGAUGCAGGCGGACCUCCCACUCACUGCGGCCAUCCGGCAGAGCCAACAGACGCUCUACCACUCACAUCCCCCCCACCCCACAGACCGGCAAGCUGUCAGGGUGAGCCCCUGUCAUUCUCGGCAGCCUUCCAUCAUCUCUGAUGCAUCUGCGGCCGAAGGAGACCGGUCAUCGACGCCAAGUGACAUCAACUCCCCUCGUCACCGGACGCACUCCCUCUGCAAUGGGGACAGUCCCGGACCCGUACAGAAGAAUUUACACAACCCAAUUGUACAGUCGCUAGAGGAUCUUGAAGACCAAAAAAGGAAAAAGAAAAAAGAGAAGAUGGGAUUUGGCUCCAUCUCCCGGGUCUUUGCCAGAGGGAAGCAGCGGAAAUCCCUCGAUCCAGGCCUUUUUGAUGGUACUGCCCCUGAUUAUUACAUUGAGGAGGACGCGGAUUGGUGAUAGCCCGCCUCCGACUGCUGCCCGUGUAUGUGUGUGUUCGCGUGCGUGUAUGUGCGCCAGGUGCGUCCGUCCGUGUGCGUGGGGAUGUGUCUAACAUCAAGAAAAACAAGAAGCGUGAGCCCCUUCCUCCCCUCCGCCGCCACCUCUGUAACUGAUGUAUAUAUUACAAACUAUGUGUGAAUAUGUUAACUGUUCGUUGUCGUUGGAGCGAUGCAGGUGUGUUGUUUUCUGAUUUCUUUUUGUUGUCGUUGGUUUCUUUUUUUUUUUUUCAAUGUUUGGGGCUUUAUUUUUUGUUUCGUUUUGUUGUUCAUUUGGGGGUUUUUCUGUUUUUUUCCCCUUUUUUGCACCCCUUCUUUUAUGAAACUUGAAGGACUGCUGUGUAUUUGUAAAUAAUGGAAAAUCCGUGUGCACCUUGUGCUUGUAAACGUCUCUUGUCCAAACCGCUCUUGCUGGAGCCCAGCCUCAUGAUGCGUUCUGUAUCUGGUCUGUUUCCCCCCACCCACCCCCAGUGUGAGCGUUGGGGGGGAGUGGGGUCCUGAGAGUGCACAGGGCACUCAGUGCCUCAAUCACAUUAACAACAAAAAUACCAACCCCAUCCUGGCAGGGUUUGUUGUCCACAAAGACUAAUGAGCCCAGACAAGUGGUUGUCUUCUUGGCUGGGUUCAUAGGAGAUUAAAAAAAAAAAAUAGGCUCUUUUUAAUGGCCUACCAGUUUUUAAAUUUUUUUUCUUUAAGAAGGAAAAAAAAUUGUUUCAUUUAAUUUAUUUGCACAAAAGCAGAAAACUUAUUCUAUCUAAAUUAUUGCAUAAAUAUUGGAACUUCUAUUUUUCCAAGGGGUGGGAGGGAGGUGGGUGUGUUUCUAUUGCCUGUAUGUUCUAUAUCACGCUGCUGCCAAAUAGAGAUAGCGUUUAAGACGGCCGGAGCCCAGGGAACAUGUGAUUUCAGCCUUUUGUAUUUUAUCCGGUAUUUUUCUGUUCCUCCCAUCUCUGUCUCAUCAACAUUCUCUCCUCCCCCAGGCUAGACCCAUACAUAGCCUCAGUCUGGUCUGUCUGUAUAAAUUCAUCCAGGGCAUAGAAUGCUGAUCACAGGGGUGGCCUGGCCACAGGUGAAAAAUCGUGAGCAAAAGGGGUGGGGUAGAUAGAGCUGGCUACCAGUCUGAGAACCAAGCAGACAUCUGUAUUGUCAGGGUCGGCCCCUGAGGGGACCUCAAGUUUCUCUCCAUGACCACAUCUUUCCUCUGCUCCUUUUUAGUCUGUCCAUCAGCCCUUUAAGAGUGGAGGACAGAGUGUCUCCAAGGGAGUCACGGCACCCAUCCCAAGGGAAUGUUGUGCCAGGCAUAUUUCUCCAGCGUGGGGGAUCCAUUCCAUACCAAAUGUCUGUCUUUUAGUCCCGUGGCACUUCAGCAAAACUCCCUGGGCCUCUUUCUGUCUUGUCAUCCAUCCCACACUGCAACAGGUGAGGCUUAGCAACCCAGGUAGGAAGAGCUGUCUCUGAGUGGCCUCUCUCAGAGCUUCUUGGAGACAUUGUCCACACCCCCUCCCACCCACCCAUCCCCUUGAUCAUGUUUCAUAAGCUAAAGGGCUGUGUGCGUUGAUGAUGGCGGGCCGAUUGCAGCCUGCCUGAGGUCUCAAAACAGAUGGCCAAUUUUAUUUUUAACUGUGAUUUCCCCACCCGGGCCCCCCUUCAUCCUCUCUACUAAUACAACUCAGAGUCAGGUGUAUACUGCAGAUGACUGUACACCAUGCUUCCCGCUGACCAUACCAUUUAAAGCUCUCUAAAGUCAACCGUGUACUAAGUUUUAGGAAGCCUGUUUGCUUUAAUAACUCCUCAGUGCGCCCUCUUUGAAAAGGGAUAUUUUAUCUUCAAACUAUAGAUCAAAGCAAACCUUGGCAUGACAAGCUAGUUUCUGGAUUUCUUUUGGAUGGGAUGAGCAGUUUGGGGAAAGGGAAGGGUGGGAAGCCCCAAGGGGUCUUCGGAUAGGGACUUCAGACUUGCCCUGCUUUAGCAAAGGGAUCUGGCCCAGGUCUGGGAGGAAACUGCCCUUACCAGCAUCUGGCACUAAGGAGGAAUAGUCUAGAAAACAUUUUAUUCCCCAUGAAUUUCUUUUCAUUUCCUUUCCCCAUUAUUUUUUUUUUCUUUAAUAGAGAAAACAAAACAGCCUCUCCUGGUAAUGAGUUAGUAGUUCCUGUUCAUUUCAGUUUUUUUUUUUAAUAAUUCUAAAAGUUACUAAGAGGAUGAUUUAUUUAAGAGAAGUAUGACAAAUAGCAUAUGAGUUAUGGGUAACAUUAGAUAAUAAUAACCUUUCCUGUGGGAAAGGUUUCUUGAAGGCAUGGAUGCAAAUAUAAAAAUAUAAAAAAAAUCUAAAUAAAGCUUAUUUUAAAAUAUG